AUGUCGGCUCUGAAGGCAAGCAAUGAGUCCGAAGUGAAGGCAUUGAAAGCACAGCUCAAGUCAGCCAUGGAUUCAAUGCAAACAUCAGAGGAUUCAAUAAAGACAUGGAUUGAAGGAAACAAUGAUUUGAAACAAAAGUUGUUGACUUGUAUCUCGAGUUUUCGAAAAGAGAUUACAGAUUUGAAGCAAAAAUUAUGUGAAAUAUCGACAAAAAACAGUGAAUUGAGUGAAGAGUUGUCGGCAUUGAAGGCAUCCAAACAUAUCAUUGAAUCCGAUGUCAAACUAUUGGCUCAAGACAUCAAUGCUUUAAAUAUAAGUUGUUCAGCGAGUGUUCAACAGGACAUGUCGUCCAUGUCUUCAUCGAUCGGAUCCCACAAUCAAUUGACCACUAAUUCAGACAAAACCGGAGAUGAGAACAAUAUUCAGGAAAUGUUUAUUGAGAUCGGGAAUCAAAUCAAAGAUCAAAACAAAAUAACAAACAAUUUAUUGAAGGCUUUAGUGAUAGAGAAGGAGAUAACGUUGACAGCACUCAAAGACAUCAGACAAUCGGUCGAAGACUCGGAUGACAGCAAAUCCAUGGCCAGUGUUGACUCACAUCCCAAAUAA